CAUGUCACCGAAAAAUAGCUCAUUUCUGAUCCUUCUCACGUAGGCACUGCCUACGUUUUUGCCAUUGGAGCUCGACAUCGCUCAAGAUGAAGUACCUCAUCGUAGCAGCUAUUGCCCUAUUCGCUGUCGCCGUUGCUCUUCCUAGGAGCAAGCGAGCUGCCUACGAGCUCCCGGACGGCGUGGAAUUCAUUGUUGGGUCAGUGAAGACCUCGUUCACCUGCCCCGCCAAAAAUGGCUACUUCGCUGAUGUAGACAACAACUGCCAGAUCUUCCACGUGUGCAACGUCGUGCCCAAGGAUGACGGCAGCACCGAGGUGCAGCAGUACAGCUUCUUCUGCGGCAACCAGACGGUGUUCAACCAAUUCUCGCUCACUUGCGCCUUCCCUGAAGACGCCGUUCCAUGCCGAAGCUCUCCCGACUUCUUCUACCUCAACGACAAGAUCGGUCAGGAGAAGGUGUUCUUCCACGACGACUCCGACGUGGCUCGAGCCAUACCGCUCAUCCCGCGGUAUCAGCAGGCUGCUUUCAAGGCAUAAGGAAUAGUCCUCGUGCGCCUACAGGAACUUCUACGAACGAACCCACACAAUACGCACCCUUAUUAGGGGGUCGCAACAUAAACGUUCUGGUCUAAUGUGGCUCGCAGAGCUCACUGUCGUGAAAUGCCAAACCAUUAACUCACGCGUCCGAUGUUUUCUUAGCGCCGAAGAAUAUGUCAUAAGGUACUGCGGCUUCGCUCGGCACUUAAGGCCGCAAUCGCAAAGAAUGCUGAGCUUCGUUUGGAAAAAAAGACUGUCAUACUUUUCAGGUUAUUGCUUCAAGUUACGGCGACAUAGCGGGAAACGCGGAAGUUGAGAUGGGGUGUGGCGGAACACAAAGAGAAUAUUCGCACGGGAGGGUCAAAAGCAUUCGAAUUUUCAGCAUUCUGCGGUUUAAGAAGGCACGGUGAAAUGGGCGCUUUCUUUGCGCACAUCGUUCCAUUAGCACUUCCACCACUGAUCAUCGCGUAUUAAUGCUUGCCAAUUGUGUACAAGACACUUUAGGCCCGGACGUUAAUGUUGAGAUGCCCGACGCAUGUAAAGCCUUAUGUAAACACUCUCCAGGAUAGGAGAGCAAGUAUUUAGUAGCUUUAAGCCGUGUUCCUUUUGGUGGCGGUCGAUAAAACUCCUUAUGUUACAAGUCAAACCUUUCAUAACCUCUGGUGUGACCAACAACUAUAAUCAUCACGUAACUUAUACGGUCCUAAAGGACGCUAUACUUUUCUUCAUUAUUUCAUUUGUUGUUUCCAUUACGCAUUUGCAAGCUUCCGUAGCGGUAAGAAUGAGCCCCACUUUACAAAGGCUGAAUUUGCGUUUUUACUUGUAGGUGUGUGCUUCUUUUACACUGCCGUGCGAGAUCUGCCGCUUGAUGUCGAAACCAUCAUAGGCUUUGCCGUGAGUUUCACACUAUUGCAGCUUGUCCGCCACAGACCCUUUUCUCGCUAGUUAUCUUGAACUAUUCAGCGUGUAAUCGCUCUACGGGUUUCUUCAAUCCGUUGAAAUGUUUAUUCGCAUGCUUUUAUGUGUCCGCUGGUCUAAGUUCGCUAUACGUUUACGCGAAUACAGUCGAGUUUACUUAGCACGAAUGAAGCCCUUUCGCAGUAUUUAAAAUAAGUCUUAACCAAGCUUCUUCGGAAGCUACGAGUUCUCGGGCAUUCUUUUUUUCCUUGUCUCGAACGAAUGUGCACGGCAGCGCGUCAUUUACGCAUCUAUGGAGGCAUAGUUUCUGGGGUGCUUGUGGUGAAAGACUGUGCAUGCAAUGGUCUCAUUCCCGUGCUUUCUGGUCCACUCUGUACAAGUGUACAUAAAUUCAGCGAGGAGCAUCGCCGCUACAAAGCAUCGUCUAGUUUGUGUACAUAUUCAAGACGUUGCUCUGCAUCCUGAGCUUUUGUAGCGCUUUGAAGAUCACCUCUCACGAAUUCUUCCCAAUGUAGCCUAUAUCUCGCCAAUAAACAGCAAGCAGUU